UAAAAACUAACCCGUUAUGUUAUCCAGUAUCCACUUAGCCCCUCCAAUUAUUUUCCAAGCAACACUUGCGUUUGUCCCUGUACCAAUUCUUGAUUGGCUGCUUGCAGUGAUGAUGCCAAGUUAGAUUUUCUACUGACUUUCCGCUUGCAUAUUACUUCAAUUAGCAAAAAUUUGCAGUGUUCUUGUAUUAAUUAUCUGUUUUUUGACAUGGGUUUUGUGGUAUCUGAUGUCUUUUCUUGUUCCACUCAACCAUAUGUACUAACCAAUACCAUUGGAAGAGCAAGAAUCCGUCAUUACUCUUUAAAGGGUGUUUUUUUCUUGCAAAAAGUUAACAUCUUUGGGUGUUGUGAAUUGGGUUUUAAGCCUUUAUCAGCAGAGAGUGAUGUAGCAUUAGAUAGUGAUAAAUCAAGGUAUAAGUGGGUUAAGAUAGGUUCUGAUAUUACUGAGGAACAGAAAAAGGCAAUCUUGAAGCUACCACCAAAGAUGAUAAAUAGAUGUAAGGCAUUAAUGCAACAGAUUAUAUGCUAUUCACCUGAAAAGGGUAGUUUGUCACUCUUGUUAGAGGCUUGGGUGAAGAGUAUGAAGCCUGAGAGAGCUGAUUGGCUUGCUGUACUUAAAGAAUUGGACAGGCUGAAUCAUCCCAUGUAUUUUGAGGUAGCUGAAUUAUGCCUCUUAGCAGAAUCAUUUGAAGCCAAUGUUCGUGAUUACACCAAGAUAAUUCAUAGCUAUGCAAAGCAGAAUCGGCUGAAUGAAGCUGAAAGUGUGCUCUUAUGCAUGAAGAGUAGAGGUUUCACAUGUGAUCAGGUGAUGCUGACAGCUUUAGUUCACAUGUAUAGCAAGGCUGGUAACCUAAAGCUGGCUGAAGAUACUUUUGAAGAGAUGAGGUUGCUUGGAGUACAAUUGGAUAAGAGGUCCUUUGGAUCAAUGAUCAUGGCCUAUGUCAGAGCUGGAAAGCUUGAUCAAGGAGAGGCUCUACUGAAGGAAAUGGAAGAACAAGAGAUAUAUGCCGGAAGAGAAGUUUAUAAAGCACUUCUGAGAGCCUAUUCGAUGAGUGGUGAUAGCAAAGGAGCUCAAAGAGUUUUUGACGCACUUCAGUUAGCAGGAGUAAUCCCUGAUGCGACGAUUUGUGGUCUGCUUAUGAAUGCCUAUAUUAUGGCCGGUCAAUUGAGUGAAGCUUGUAUUGCAUUUGAAAAUAUGAGAAGAGUUGGCAUAGAACCAAAUGAUAAGUGUAUCACAUUGCUAUUGACAGUUUAUGAAACAGAAAACAACCUGAGCAGGGCACUUGAUGUUUUGAUUGAUUUGGAGAGGGAUGGUGUUGUGCUUGGCAGAGAAGCUUCUGAAUUAUUGGCUCGUUGGUUCAAGAAACUUGGGGUAGUUGGAGAAGUGGAGCUUGUUUUGAGAGAUUACGCAUCAAACUUGGUGCAUUGAGAAACUGAUGCUUUCUUGCUGUAGCCCGGAGUUUCUCUCUGUUGUAUCUAUAUGAGAAACAGUCUUGUUUUCCUAUCUGCCGGUAUCAUCACUCUUGCUGUACGUUUGAUACAACAUACUGCCCAGGAAAGUAUCACAAGUCACAGCUGCUUGUAUCAACAAAACAAGCAGAGGUAUGUUUUUCAUAUUUCUGUUAAGUGGUUCAGUGCCUGAUACAAUUUAGAGAUGAGCUCUUCAUGUUCUUGUGGAUAUAAGCAACUCUCAAAUGCUGAAACAUCGUCUCAGCUGGUCUUUCGGCAACAAGAGUACAAUAUGGUUGGAAGAAACAAGGGUGUUCGUGACUAUGCCCCUCAAGUGUUGGUUUAUCAGCUUCAGUUUUUGUCAUGUGAAACCAUUUCCUUUGUAGCUCUUUUUUUUGUUUUGUUUUUUGAUACUUAAAUAGAUAAACAUGAUCAGUGAGGAUUCAAUCGUAUAUAGCUAGCUGAUUUCCAACUUGUUUAAGACUGACAUGUAGUUGUUCGAGAGUGAGGUGUAGUUGUUCUAGUGAUGCGAAAAUCCAAGUGUUUGGAUUAGAGAAAAAAAGAUUUAAGGAUACUACUCAAGAUCCUAAGGAGAUACUGCAGAUCCAGAAGCAGCAAAUGGCAAAAAUCUUCCAUUUCACUCUACUAAGGACAAAGUUAUAUCUUCUGAAGUUGGACCUCACUUGAUAAAGAUAGGUGUAUAGCCUUUUUGAGAACUAAUCAUACUUCUAUAUCAGUCGAUAUAAUAUAUUCAAUCAGAAAACUGGUUCUACA